AUGAGCGAGGAUUCCAGAAGAAUGGUUCCACCGGUUUAUGUGUUCAUCAUCAUCUUCUUGUUUUCUGAUUCUGCUUCUGGGGAGGAUUGUCCAUCUACCUUUGACUGUGGAAAUCUGGGCAAGCUGGGCUUCCCUCUCACCACUUGGGCACGACAGGACUGUGGAAUAUUGGCUAUUCACGGCUGUGAAAACCCAAACGCCACAAAAACUGUGCAAUUCAGUGGAGGAAAAGAGAUUCAAGUGACUGGUACAGGCGACGGGUUUAAUAAAGUCUAUCUGAGAGACGCGGUUCUGGAAAAGAGUCUGGCAAAUGAGAGCUGUAAAGCCUUCAACAGCAAUAUUACUCUUCCUGAUAGCUCAGCCCUGGGUUAUUUCGAGUUGGAUCCUAAUGCUGGAUAUAUAACACUGUAUAAGUGCAAUGUUACGCUCAACAUAAGCUCUUCAUCGACGGGAAUUUACAGAUAUACAGGCUGUGUUGAGAGUACGGGUGAGACGAUCUACUUCGGAAACCAAUACAAAGAUCUAAAUGAUACUCCACCUGCUUUAGCAGCAUGUUCAUGGAUUCAGCUUCCAGCAGCGGCUGAAUCGUUUGCAGCUGGGAGCCCAUUUGUAUCCCUAGAUUCAGGAUACCCCAUUCAAGCUCGACUUUCUAGUAACUGUUCUCGAUGUGUUUCUGAUAGAGGCUUAUGCCGACUCAACUCCGAAGGACAAUUUUACUGUUCCCAAUCCACAGGUAUGCAUCGUAUAAUGUUUAAAGUGAAAAAUUCUCAGGGAUAUCGAUAA